UCCAUCAUCGCUUCCGUUGCCCCUCUCUCUCUCAUCUUCUCGGUCUUGUCGGCCUCUGCUCUCUGCAACUGUAGCUCCUUCCUCUUCUGCAGCUGCCCCCGUGAAUUUGUUCUUUUCUGAUGAUGAUGGUCCAAAUCCGAGCAGGAGAGAGGUAUCGAUUUUGAGUUGGGGGCAAACUGCUACUAUUGAUUGUUCUUGGUGGUGGCGGCAGCCGUAGCUGAAUAUGGGGACUGUUCCUGGACUUACUGCAAGUUGUCCAGGAUUGUUAAGUUCGAGUUGUCCUAAGCUUUUUCUGGGUAAUCAGAGAUGCGGGUUCAUGAGAAACGAGAGCUUCCCUCGGUUUCGGUGUCCAAGCAGAAAGAUUUUGUACUUGAAUACCAGGCAUUUAUGCGACAAACGUGCGGCGGUGGCUGCCAGAAGAGGUAACCAGGAGUUGAGUUUCGACCCUGACUUGUCUCCAGAAGAACCGUUUUGGCUUGCUCUGAUUAAGGAAUUGAUUUGGUCUCUCAAGUCCAUGCUUUCAUUCUUGCGUGAGCAGCCUAGCCAGCUUAAAUACAUAGAGUGGCCAAGCUUUCAGAGCACGCUAAGGACUGCUAUGCUCACGCUGGUCCUCGUGGCAUUGCUCAUCGUUGCGUUAACAUCAGUUGACAUGGUCCUGUCCUAUGUAUCGAGCUGGCUUCUUAGAAAGAACUCAUGACCCAUGGCUUGCUCCUAGUCCUGUCUUGAGCUCAGUUUUGUUCAAUGGCAUCUGCCUUGUGAAGAGUCACACUUGUUGUGGGCGUGAUGUCGAGAAUGUAUCAUCCGGAUUUUGACAGGAAGCUCAUGUGCCGGUAGUUAUUAUUACUAGUGAUCUUCUGGUGAUGAUAGUAGGUCGAAAUCUACAUCAACCAGCCUCUCUUUGUUGUAAUUUUAUAGAUAAAUCAAAGCAAGUAUGAUUGCCCGUUCUGAUCCUA